CGAACCGAUCUGAACAGUUCCUGCGCGCGGAGCGAUGGGUUCCUCAGCUCGGCGCUCGCGAGGAAACACAGCAUCACCUCCAGCGGGAAGCAGCAGCGCAGCAUCCGAUCGUCAUUAUAGAUAAGCUGCUGGCUGAGAUCUGCUUCACUCACAGUGUAAAAUUACAGUGAGUCACGUGAAGAUGCGCUGUGGACCGGUGGCUUUGCCUCGUCCUUGAGCUCUUCCAGCUUGCGUUUGUGAAACUCCUUCAGCACUAACCGCCGCCGUUCUUCCUCUAUAUCUCUUCUCAUGCUCUCCAUGGCUAAUCUUCUGAGCUGUGUUUUGUUCCUGGCGCUCCGGACGUUCGCUGCCCCGCCGGAGUACAUCCAAGUGUGGCCCGGCGGCUCGACGCAGGCCCCGGGAGAUCUGGGCAACGUUACGGUCGGCCCUUCUUUAGUCCCCCCUCCAGGAACCAGCAAACACGCGCCGCACAGCAUCAUCAUCGGCGUGCGGAAAGGAGGCACCAGAGCGUUGCUGGAAAUGCUGGAUAUCCAUCCCGAAGUAGCAGCGGCGGCCACCGAAGUUCACUUCUUCGACUGGGACGAGAACUACGCCAAAGGCUUCGAAUGGUACCGGGACCAAAUGCCCUAUUCGUACCCAAAUCAGAUCACCGUGGAAAAGACGCCGGGGUACUUCACGUCUCCGGUGGCGCCUGCGCGGAUCCACGCCAUGAACUCUUCCAUCAGACUCUUGCUGAUCCUGAGAGACCCGACGGAGAGAGUCAUAUCGGACUAUACGCAAGUCUUCUUCAACCGCUUGGAGAACCACAAACCCGUACAGGCCAUCGAGAACAUGCUAGUCAAGAACGGCGUGCUAAACACGCGCUACAAAGCCAUCCAGCGCAGUCUUUACGACGUCCACAUGAGGAACUGGCUCCAGCACUUUCCUCUGGAGCAGAUCCACAUUGUGGACGGGGAUACGCUGAUCUACGACCCCUUACCGGAGCUCCAGCGGGUCGAACGCUUCUUGCAUCUGCCGCCACGGAUCGUGGCGUCCAACUUCUAUUUUAACCAAACCAAAGGCUUCUACUGCAUUCGCAGUGACGGCCAUGAGCGAUGCCUGCACGAGUCCAAAGGACGGCCGCAUCCGCCCGUUAACAGCACUGUGCUGCGACAGCUGCGCUCAUAUUUGCGCCAACACAAUCGGAACUUCUAUCGGCUCACUGGACGUACUUUUAACUGGCAGUAGUGGGAGGGGCUGGAAUUAGCCAAUCACAGCCCAGCUGGGGGGCUGAUUGACAGCUGAUGCACUGAACAAACCACUCCCCCAUGGACACAUCUCUUAAAGGGUUAG